ACUUUUGAUAUCCUGAUGAAAAAAAUGGCAAAUAGUUGAUAUUUUUGUUAUUCUACGACUAAAACUGGCGAAAUUGCGCUCGGAAUUGUGUGUUUUUAGUGUAUCAGCACGAACACUGCUCUUCCUUAUUCUAAACGCAAUUUUAGCCUAGUGAAAGCAGGUAUAUUUUCUUAACAACUGCGUCCGCGAUCAGGAAUUUAUUUAUUUCUUCGGAGCUCUCAUCGUGAUGAUAAUUUUGGGAAGUCUUUCAAGAGCCAAGACGUGAGAUUUAGCAUGAAAUUCGAGAAACACUAUUACAAACAAAGUGUCAAUAAUAGUUGCUUAGUAGGAUGAGCAAAUUAGCCAAAGAGACGCUUUGUAUUGAUUGCCGUCGUCUAGAAUUGCCACGAAGAUGUGAUGCGUGUAAGAUGUUAAAACAAGCUUUGACGAUAAAUACAUACGUAAAUAGUAAUGUCAUGUCACAGCCAGACACACGAUCAAAUACCCUUGAAGAGCUCGCCAGAAAUGUUUUGGACAAGUUAAACCAUCAAGGAUAUUGUGUGAUCGAUAAGUUCCACAAAGAACAAACAGCUUUAGCCAUUUUAGAUGAAGUAAAACGCGUGCACGAGAAGGGAAGAAUGCAUAACGGACAAUUAACAACGAACACGUUAACUUCAGAGAACAUUCGAGGUGAUUUAAUUGUGUGGCUUGAUGGUAGAGAGCCAGAGAAUGAAAAUAUAUUACUUCAUAUGCGUAGAGUGGAUGCUUUGGUUCGUGAACUCAAUAAAAUGAUUUCCUAUCACAAGAUUGAAGGCAGGACGCAGGCAAUGGUUGCUUGUUAUCCUGGUGGUGGGAAGAGGUACAGAAAACAUGUUGAUAAUCCUAAUCAAGAUGGAAGAUGUUUAACCACAUUAUAUUAUCUUAACAAGGAUUAUGACAGAGAGGUCUGUGGUGGAAUAUUGCGUUUGUAUCCUCAUGGUGGUAAUAUGUAUGUUGAUAUCGAACCAAUACUUGACAGAUUGUUUAUAUUCUGGUCAGACAGACGAAAUCCUCAUGAAGUAUUGCCAGCUCAUACAGUAAGGUAUGCCAUUACUCUAUGGUAUUUUGAUAAAGAAGAGAGAGAAGCUGAAUAUCAACGAUUGGAGAAUUUGAAAAUGCGAGGCAGUCAAGCACAAAGAACCUGACCUAAUAAAGUGUUUUCAGAAUAUUCAUGCUAAUUAUUUGCCAAAUGCUGGAGCAAUUUGGCAAACAAAUGUAUUGCUUAUGAAAUUGCCAUAAUAUGACAAUUAUACCUGAAGAAUCAGUAAUAUGAAUGCAAUAAUUUUCCAUAAAAGACAUGUCUGGUCAUUAAUGAAUAAUGGUUUCCAAACUUAGAAUAAUGUAAAUAAGUUGUACAAUAUUUUGUAUAUUUUCAGUUUUGAUUUAUUGACCAUUUUGUUCAGAUGAGUAUGGGUAUUGUAGUCAGUUACUGUGGGUACUAAGUUUGGACUAGGUAACAAACCAGCAUGUCUAAUUUACAAGAAUGUUACAUAACCAAGAGAAAAUAUUGCCAAAGUGUCAGAUAAAACUUAUGUAAUGUCUUGAUAUUUUAUAUUAGCUAUAAAAACUAUGGAUAAAAAAAUAAGUUAA